AUGGCUGCCGGAGAUCUGCAGAUCUGGGCGAAGAUGGGCUCGAAACGGGCCCGGGGCCCCUGCCCCGACCCGGACUCGAGGCGGCCAGAUCCCUCUAGGCCGCAGCACCCCACCACGCCGGAGCUCCACCGCUUCACGCCGGACGGGCGCCGCGCCGCCGCACGCCGCGCCAGGCACCUACCCGCGUCGCCCUCAUCUUCCUCCGCCCGCCCAGGCCCGAGCUCGCGCCGCCCGCCACCAUGGCCGCUCCGGAGAACUGCCGCCGUCGCGAGCGCGCCCAGCCGCCGAUGUCUCCACGCCGUCGUCGAAGGACCGCGCCGCCGCGCCCACCGCACCGCGCGGCGCCCUCACCAGCCGCCGAGGCCCGCGCCUCCACCAUCGAGCGAGGGAGAAGAAGGGCCCCGCCGCCGCCUGCGCCGCGCGGGCAUUGCCCGGCGACGCCCUCAGGCGGCGGCGAGGGAGGGGGAGGGGUGUGGAGGGGGUCGAAGGGGCGGCGCCGCCAGGGACCCUCGGUCGCUCGCGGGAGCGACGCGAGAGCCAACCCUUGUCGAAGCUCCGGUUCUUCAUCGCUAG